GCGCAAUGCGGCCGUUUUGUUUUCUAGUUUCGAUCCAAACCUGGUCGACAAGCGCGCGCUGCCUGCGCUCACAAUUGUACCGGACCAGCUCUUUCCACGACAUUCGCCAGAUGGUGCCGUGAUAGCUCAUUUACGGUCACCUUGCGAAGAAGGAGAAGCAGUAGAAGAAGCAGAAGCAGAGCACCAGGGUUGAUACUCCACAGCUAUAGCUGCUCGUAACGCUCGCGCCCAGGGUUGCAUGGAUUGGUGUAGUUUUGUUCGUGGGCUCUCUGUCGUGACCAUACUGCCGGUCCUGAGAGAGCUCGAGCUGAGUUGGGAUGCAUAGGAGCUGCUGCAGGAUUGGAGUGAUUAGUGUGCUUUUAGGUACCUCCAGGUUUUGAAAAAAAGUGUUCUUAGGGGGCAUUGGGGACAAUGGGGAUGUGGUGGGACGAUUGGAAAUGUUGGUUCGUUGUUCCGAAUUUUGUCUAGGUGUCGUUUCACUAGUGUUGGCCAGUGGCACUGGUCUUGAUGGUUGCGGAAGAGCGUGAUAACGAGGCUUGAGUCUCAGGGACUUUCUCGUAGUUUUGCACUGAGGAAUUGUGCAAAAGCGUGGCGGACAUGGCUUGGUUUGACUCGAGUUUGAUGGUCUCAGGAUCAGUUCGUGAUGUGGUUUUGUGUGGGAGAGUGCUUUAGUUCUGGAAGGAGGCACUGGUUUUGGACUGCGUCAGUGAAGUCUACCUGAAGUGUUUCUCUUUGCCACGGUUUCAUGAUUAGCUUAGUUUCGUGAGUGUGGGCGGCUGGAGAAAGUGUCAUAGAUGAGGGUGCUGGCAGUGUAUUUGCAAUGGAGUUGGAAGCGUAAGAGCCGUUAUCGACAGUUAUCCUCGUCCUGCCUGCUCUUGGAAAUGGAAUCAUUCGGAGUAUCGUAACUUGGUUUGGUGUGCUCCCCUCUAGCACAUGAAGUGGUGCUGUGCGUCUGGCUAGUAGUUUCUCCGUACAGUAAGCGAUCCUCGUAAACUGGCCUAAGUACUUCGUCACUGGUCGCUGUGAGCGCCAUGGCUCAUUACGAUGUAAAGAACGAAGGAUAGAGUUUGAUUGAUUGAUUGAUUUAUUUAUUUUUAUCUCUCGUAGAUUAACACGAUAGCGUACAUCGUUGUGCUCGCACCCCCAUCCAAUGUCUAUUGUCCUUGUUGGGAUUUGGCCUUGAGUGAUCGAGUUGCUGUAGGUUAAUUUUCCGGAACCCUGUUCGCCUUCUUGCUGGGACUGGUUAUCGGGCGCUUUGCGUAUGCUUUCACAACGUACCGUAGCAAGAUGUAAUGAAUGCUGCUGUCUCUAGUGACGGUGCACGCUUUCAUCUCUACCUACUUGCCAGUGCGGGAUUUGAUGUUCCUACUCCAGUUUUCAAUUGUGAUCAACACUGUGGAAGAUGGGUUCAUCCAUGGCCGAGGUGGCUCCUGAGGUCUCAAUAGUGGAGGAAAUGGUGAAGAACAGUGAAGAUAAUCAUUGUAUGAUAUUUAAAUGUAGUAGUGGGGGUGAGCUGGAUCGUAGAAGUGGUCAAAUGGAUACCCAGAUGGAUGAGAGGAAUCCUAGCGAGGUUUCGGCGUUUAGAUCAGCUGAGAAUAAAAAAGUUCACGAAAAUCAUGACCCCUUAAAUAAUUGGGGCUAUAAACCUGGGGAGCCUGAUUAUACACUCAAAGGGAAUGGAAAUGCUGUUUCUCAGGUUCAUGAAAACGGGGAUGGAGAUUUGCCGUCUUUUUCUAUCAAAAGACUCAGAAGGUUGCCACAUCGAGUUAGUCCUGAUAACCAGCCAAGCACUUUGGCCUUGAGAUGUGAGCUAAUUGAAAGCGUAGUGGAUCAGAAUCGUGUGCAUGAUGAGAAGGAGAUUAAGCGAGGUGUGGGUGAAAAUGUGACCGAUGCUUUAUCAGGGGGCAGAAUUGAAGCUGGAUCUAAUUGCCCGCCACCAUUGCAGGCCGAAGCGACUGUUCACCAGAGACAGAAUCUUUCUGAUCCUGACAUUGUUGACACUGGUCAUUGUAGCGGUGAUUCGGUAAGUUUAUCCCAGCAGAUAUCGAAGCUUGCUAACAUUACCAGCACAAGAGAUGACGUGGGAGAUGCUCAAGAAGGUUCACCGAAUGUUCUGAAACAGGGCACAAGUCCUAUUUUUCCGCCUGGCGUGUUAAACGGAGAGAUUCGGGACAACGAGCCCGUGAAGGUUGGAAAUGAAGGAACCGAGCCUCAAAAUCCUAGCAGCUCUGGAUCAGACAGUGCAGAAAAACCGCUCGAUCCCAAUUUUCCAGAUGGAGUUGUUGCAAAUCAGCUUUCGUCGGAAACGAAAGGCCAGACAGGAAGUAUUUUGGAUAGAGAAAUGGCUGCAGUCAAUGGAGACGGUUCUGCAGCUUCUGAACAUGCAUCAGAUAGUUCAAACCUGUCACGAGGAGAUGAUGGAAGAUGGCUGAGCACGUCUCCGUCUGCCGUCCCAAGUUCCGUACUUGAACCUCCUGCACGUAGGUUGCAAGUUGAUGACACUGUUCAGGGAAAUGAAGCACCUGGAAAUUCAGAUAUGGCUUCGUCAUCUGCCGGACAAGGUAGUGUUUCUGAAAUGGCUAGCUCGGGGAACGCCUCGGCAGUCACACCCACUGAGGACUUGAAACCAGACGCACUUACAGAGAAUGAUGGAAUCAUUAGGGACGUAGUUAUCUCUGUUGCCUCAACAGAGCUACCAGAGGCACCCUCCUCUGGUAUUGUACAGAUUCUGGCCCCAGUUACAGGGAGCAGGUUUGGAAGUCCAGGGGAGACGACUGAUGAAGAGACUGACUCACCAAGGAGCAGCGAAGGCUUUUCUUAUCCUGACUCUGAUAUGAUGGCGCUCCCAUACUCGGGACAAAACAUGUAUCCUGCACGCUAUUCCUAUGCACAGUCGCAGAAUGGGCCAAGUAUACUCCAGUAUGCUGGAAGUGUGUCCUUGCGGUCUGAUAGCAGCACUACAAGCAACCGGUCUUUUGCUUUUCCAAUCCUGGCCCCUCCCGAUUAUAAUAGCAGCCCAGUAAGAAUGGCGAAACCCGACCCUCGGUAUUUGAGACGGAAGAGUCGAUGGGGUAGUUGCUGUUUCUUCAGCUUAUGUCGGUCAGGUUCUAAGUACUAGGUUUCAUUGUGAACUGAACUCGUAUCUGCUGUGCCUGAUUUACCGCGUGCUCGUUCAGCAAUAAAGUUGGUCUCAAUUAAUGUAUGUGCUGUAUAAUUCGUAUUUUUGGAGAGGGGCGCUCAGAGACGAAUCAAAUGCUCGGUACUAAAGCUUGGGACUGCUCUGCAGAAGAGUAAUUACGAGGAGACAUCCUACAUUCCUUUUUCAACGUAAUCCGAAGAGAUCAUCGUCACAGAAAAUGUCGAGAGUUUUGAGCCUAUUCCCUGAUCGUGUUUACAGGACAAAAGUCUGUCCACACUUCUCUCGGGAUCCUAAUGUUUAAACUAUACAGUAGAAUGAAGCUGACAACUUGCCUUCACGGUUUGUGUGAAUUGAGGCUUUAUUCGAACAUCGACAGUGGAAACAUUGCAAUAAUAAAAAUUAAGACCUGUUUUGUUGGAGCA